UUGGAUGACUUGCCUGGCCUGACGACUGAUUCACGGACGACGAUUGGCUGAGCGUGACAAGUGCCCGCUAGCUAUUGGCUCGCCUCUCAGCGACCAGCUCGAUAUCAAAUUCCUUUUCAUGAGAAAUCGAGAAACGAGAAUUACGAGAAAGCAUUUGUGGUCUCCUCGCCGAAGAGAACAGUCGGUUUACAUGAAAAUAUGCGUAAUAAUCUAAACGAUGUCUGUCCCCUCAACACCACAGGACAGAUAAAACAGUGAAUGAGUGACUAUAUUCAUGAUUGCCAUUUCAAUAAUAUUCCUGAUAAGUGAAUAUUUUACUUAGGUCGUAAUGGCGCUCGUAUGUGAUAUCAAAAGCAACUGUUCUCAAGAAGAACCCCAACAAAAAACUGAGGAAGAACAAGAUUUAGAAGAUGGAGAAAUUGAAGAUGAUGGAGAAGAAGUACCCUCAGACAUUCAAGAACCCCCACUGGAAGUACCACCUCCCAUCGCUGUCCCUGCCGUCAUUAAAAUGCCGGUGGAAAUAAUCACCGAAAAAGAGAAACGAAAAGAAAAAGAUAUCAAGCCUGAUAAAAGGAAACAUGACGAAAAAGGAAAGAAACACAUGACUGAAGCUGAGAGGAGUAUUCUCCAUUUGAGGAAGAGGGAAGAAAUGCAAAGAAAGAAAUGGGAAAAAAUACGGCCUAAAGAUGUUGUUUUGGACCCCGAUGAUGAUUUUGCAAAGAAAAUUGAGAAAACUCUAGCUACUAUUCUCAACAAAAAAGAGAAAGAGGCUGCUGCUUUAACAAGUAGUGGAGGGGAAGAAAAAGACAAAGAAAAAGACAUAAUAACCGAAGUAAAGAGAGGGAAAAAGAGGAAGAAGAACGAUAAAGAUAAUAGGAAUAAACAACGACGUUUUGAAUCUCCCAAAUCCGAAAUAGAUGAAAAUGAGAUGUUGAAUAUGCGAGGAAGAUUAAGUCCUGAUAAGAGAUUUGAAGACAAAGGAGAGCAUAUGUUACAAAUGCAGUCAGAGGAAAGUCAUGAAUCAGAAUGUUCUGUAGAUACCAACAAAAUUGAAGAGAGAGUGAAAAGGAGAGAAAACAAGAAAGGCAGAAGAAACAGAGAACAAAGAAGGGAUAGAAAGAAUAAGGACAAAGAAUGGGAUAGAAAGAAUGAUCUGUCAGCCUUGAGAGAUUCGCAGGGUGUUUGUGUUUUUUAUUUGCAAGGAAAAUGCCAAAAGGAUGACUGUCCCUACUCACAUGAAGCAGUUCCUCCAAUGAAAUUAGAACUGUGCAAGUUCUACUUGAUGGAUUGUUGUGCUAAAGGUGACAAAUGUUCAUAUAUGCAUUCUGAAUUUCCUUGUAAGUUUUACCAUACAGGUUUGAAAUGUGCACAAGGAGAUGAUUGCAAAUUUGCCCAUGGCAAACCACUUUCGGACGGUUUGAAGCAGAUUCUUUUCAAGCACAUCGAAACCGCUCCUCGAGAUAUAUUGGGGGGAUUCCCGAGGAUGAGUCGAGAAGAGGCUCUGAAUAUGAUAAAUACCACUCAGAGUAAACUGCAAGAGCAACACGGUGUGGACAAUAAACAGGAUACUAAAGGUGGGAUACCAUCAUUGUUUGAUAUUAGUGUGCCUGUGCCACAUGAGUUAUUGCAAGGAAAUGAUGAUAUGAAAGGAAAAUUAGAUAGAGAUAAGCCUAGUAGAAACCGUCCUUCGAGAUGGCAAGAUCCCGAACCGGUUUCAGUUGGAAAGGAAUUUUCUCCCAAAUCAUUCAUCUAUGGUCAAGAUCAAGACAUGCGGAUAAGCAGCAACGGCGACGUGGACAUGCGCACCCUUCCGCUAGCCGUGCCGAAGGGCUCGCCGCCCAAGCUGCCCGCUCCGGCCGCCCCCGCCGAGAUCGACCUUGAACGCUAUCAGCGCGAAGCCGGCCUGCUGGCCAACCCGCCCAACCCGGCCACCCGAGACGUCGACAUCCGCCCAUCGACCUUCAACCCGUACCCGCCAGGGCAAGACGUCGACAUAAGGCAUCCCCUAUCGGCCAACAAAGACAUCGACAUCAGACAGAUGUCGAAAACGGGCGAAACUUUCGAAGAGGACAACGAAACAGAGCCCAUGCUGCGAAUCGAUACGGGGGAGGAGAAAGAGUGCCCCGGCAUGUCGAUCGAUUUGCCCAUGGAUUUGCCGAGGACGCAUCGCGAUCUGUUCAUGAGGAUAAAGACGCAGCAGAAGGAGGUUUUCGUGGAGAGCGAGCCGAAGGAGGAGUUCCAGGUGGAGGAUAAUAUCAACUGGUAUUCGGACGACGAUGACGAUGACGACAAUCGGCUGACGAUCAAGGUCGAGGAUGAUUUCAAGGAGAAGGAGGAAGCGGUCGAAACUAUGGAUACCAGUGAACCACUUGUGAUACCGCCCCCGCAAAUCAGCCAGAUCAAGCCGCAAGAUGUAGUGGAGAAGUUGGGCGAUCUAUCGAAGAUCGACAUUUCGGCUGAGGUGACGAAGCUGCUGACGUCGAUGAGCCAGGCGAAGAACCAGUUCCCGUUCCCGAAACCAGAGGUCGCCACCACUCCGGCCGGGUCGCCGAAGGCCGCAAACGAUCCGAGGCCGGCGAGACAGGACCCAAGAAUGUCCCAUGAGCAAAAAGAUUCGCCUCGGGCAGAUCCCAGAUUGACAGCUCCCGAUCCCAGACAAAGGUCGAGAAACAGUUCAACCGAAACCCAAGUGAAAUCUGAAAAAUUGAGCAUUUACGAACAGGGCAGCAUAGAUAGAAAUGCAUCGAUAGCAGAAGAUGACAUCGAUAUUAGAGGCAUGCGCUCCGACGUGGACCUGCGCAACCUCCAGCUCCCCUUCAAGGGCAUGCAAAACUACACCCCCGCCUCAGAAAUCGACGCCAGCCUAAACUCCCACCUGCCGAUGCCGUGGCGGGUCGCCACCGUCGAAAUACCCCGACCCGAUUACACCGGCCUCAAGCUCAGCGUAAACGACGCCGAAAAAACCGGCGAUCCCCGCCUCAGAAAAAUCUUCCGCCUGAGCAUCGAGGAACGCGACACACCCCUAAGUCCCAAAGCCAGUCCGAAAGCCGGGUCUUCGGGAGUCAGAGUAGACCCGCGCUUGCGCAAAGUAGAGGAGGCGAAUAAAGUCGCCGAAGCCGGGAUGAGCUACAACCAGCAGCUGACGAUGCUGCGCAGCUCGGCGUUCUACAUGAGCCUGACGGGCCAGCAAAAGAUGCUGCUCAACCAGGAGCUGAGCUUGCGCAGCGAUGCGAACAACUCGCACGACCCCGUGCUGAACAACCUUCUGACCAAUUUGGACAUCAUUCCGGGCGGGCAAGCGCCGCCCGCGGGGAUAACGGCCGCCCUCUCGAUGCUGUCUACCGAGCCACCCGCGAUGGGGCUCUUAGGCCCCGCCCCCUUCGCUGCGCCCAUCAACUUCGAUCCGCGCAACGGCGGGUUGCUGGGCAACGCACCUAUGGGGUUCGGGCGGUUUCCGCCGCCCCAGGAGGGGUUCGGGCCGCCCCAGGAGGGGUUUUAUGUUGCGGAGAACGGUCACCGGGGUGGGGGAAGGGGGUUCGAUAGGGAGAGGAGGAGAGGGGGUAGGGGCUUUCACGGCAGGAAUAAUAACGGGAGGAGUUUUAGGAAUAAUAGGAAUAACAGAUCGAAUAGGACGCAUUCGCCGCCUUAAGGAUGUGGAGGGGCGUGGUAGAUUAAGGACUGAUUAUGUGACUCGAGUUGUGCCAAUAUUGAUUUUUUUUUCACAUUUUAUACAGGGUGUUAGUGAAGUGGGGCAAAAUUGUACCUGGAAAACCAUAAUAAUUUGGAAUAGUUGAGUAUGUAUUUUGGCAACUAAGUUACACCCUUAGAGUAGAACUGGAACGGGAAUGAAGAAUAGCUGAAUCCUUGAUAUUUUUCAGGAUAUCCUCCAGGAAAUACCAUCGAGAAUGAUAUGCGAUAUUGGCGAUAUCCUAUUUCCAUUAUUUCAUGGAUCAGUGAGUGCUUUUCACUUGAAUGAUAAGGAUGAGCCUAAUUGUUGGUUUCCAAUUAUAAUAUCAAAAAUGAGCAAAUCUUCAAAUCUUGUUCUUAUGUCUCGACCUGUUUGUCCAAUAUAUUCAAUUACCAUUUAUUCACAUUAAAUAUCACUAAUUCGAACGAUUAGUAAAUGCAUGCAAAUUGGUUCAUGUUGAAAUUUGAAAAAAAAGAUACCUUUGUUAAAAGAAGGUAUGCUUUUUCACAGACUCAUUUUUUGUGUUAUUUGUAUCAAGAUAACCUACUUUGCAUACAAUCGUGGUGUGCACAUGCGCUGUGGUAAUUUUUGAAACAGGCACUUUCAUUGUGGUUACAAAAAACAGGGCUUGUUCAAAGAAUUGAGCAGUUUAUUGUGAUACAAGUAACACAAAAAAUAAGGCUGCGAAAAAGCAUAUGUUGAAUAAUUAUUCAACAAUAUACCCCAUCUUUAUGGACAUAUGUUGCGGGGGGGAUAUCAUCUCUAAAUGUAUUAUGCAACCGGUCCUAAACCUUGAAAAAAUAUGUUUUCACAUGGAUUCAAUUUUUAGCUAAAACAUUGAGGUGAAUCUUGGUGAAUAUACUGGAUGAAAUUAAUUUAUCAUAAAGUAGCAUGGGGCAAAAGUACUCACCUAAGAUUCGAAUAUUAUUAGAAACAACAGAUGUUGAUGAACUGAAACAUUAGUUCUAUGAUUUAAUACAAAUAUUUACCUACAAAAAUCGUCAUUUGUUCUCAAAAACUCUAUUGGACCAUAAAUAAUGAAUUGAGACCAAUGCCAAAAUUUGGCUUACAUUUGAGACAUUGGAAUACUUUCUGUAUAAUUCUAUUUUGUACCGAAUUACAUUGGUCUCGGUACCGGCUUUUUGUUUGAAGUGACUCAUUGAAGAAAAUACUCAUUCGGAUCACAUCUGCAGGUUUGCUGACGAAUUCGAAUUUACCGCUAUAUGUACAGUGUAUCCCAGCUAAAACUUGUCACCCCCCCUAAUCUCCGAUGUUAAAUAAAAUUGAAAAUUGCUCGGACAGGUCGAAUU